GGCAAACAGAAAGGAAAGGAAUGCCUGCAGUUGCUUCAAAGCUAGCCAGUAACCCGCGGGCUGUGGUUGCACUAGCCACUACCAUUGCUGGGCUAGGCCUCUAUGUAUCUGUUAGGAGGAAAAUAGCCUCGAGGAGGAAAGAUGAAGAAGCAUACAUUGCAGCAACACAGGAUAAAGUUGGCGAUAAAAGGAAAGGAGACAGAGCAGCUGUUGACUGGGAGUUUAUCAAACGAAUCGUUAGGUUGUUCAGGAUCCUAGUUCCAAGGGUUUUAUGUCCUGAGACUGGGUACCUCAUUAUGGUUGCUAUCAUGUUAGUACUUAGGACUUACGCUGACGUCUGGAUGAUUCAGAAUGGAACUUCUGUUGAAGGCUCUAUAAUUGGUCGUAAUUUUGAAGCCUUCAAGAAGUACGUCCUCAGCUUCCUCUAUGCCAUGCCCUUUAUAUCACUGGUCAACAUCACUCUCAAGUAUAGUUUGCAAGAACUUGAGCUUAGAUUCAGGUCAAGACUCUCUCUUCAUUUAUACAGACAAUACAUGAAAGGUUUUACGUUUUACAAAUGUCCCAAUCUUGAUAACAGGAUAGCUAAUGCAGACCAACUGCUAACACAAGUAAUUAGCAAGCCGAUAUUAGACAUAUGUCUUUAUUUCUAUCAGUUAUCCAGCAGCAUAGGAGCACAAGGACCUCUCGUCAUGUUACUGUAUCUCGCAUUCGCUGGCCUCUUCUUAACAAGGUUGAGAGCCCCUGUUGGUAGAAUGACAGUCAAGGAGCAGCAGUUGGAGGGAACUUUACGUUACGUCAACUCGCGUGUCAUCACAAACAGCGAGGAGAUAUCGUUUUAUCAAGGGAAUAACAGAGAGAGGUUGACUAUUGAGGAAACUUUUAAACAUUUGGUGAAGCAUCUUCGUAGUGUCAUUCACUUUCGGUUUGCUAUGGGUUUCAUCGACAAUCUCACUGCUAAAUACUUUGCUACUGUUGUUGGUUACAUGGUUGUCAGUCGUCCGUUCCUCGAUCUCUCUCACCCGAGACACUUGAGUAGCACUCACCACCAGAUAAUGCUGGAUUAUUACAGAAGUGGUCGUAUGUUAGUCCGAAUGUCUGAGGCUAUCGGUCGACUCGUGCUGGCCGGGCGGGACAUGGCCCGUCUGUCCGGUUUCACCGCUCGCAUUCACCAGUUGACCACCGUACUCCGUGACCUCCAUAAAGGACAGUAUGUUAGGACAAUGGUCAAUACUAGUGACAGUGGUAAUGGAACCAAUGGAGAGACAAUGGAGAAUAGAGAAAACACUAGUAUUGAAGGUCCUCCACUUGUUCCUGGUAGUGGAGAAAUAAUUGAAGUAGACAAUUUAAUAAAGUUUGAACAUGUUCCAUUGGUUACUCCUAAUGGUGAUGUUCUUGUUAGAGACAUGAACUUUGAAGUUCAUUCUGGUAUGAAUGUAUUAGUGUGUGGUCCUAAUGGGUGUGGCAAGAGCUCUUUAUUUAGAAUAUUAGGAGAGGUCAGUAUUAUACAUCCGCCAUUUUGUUUACUGUGGCCACACUCACUACGUAAAGUGGACGUAUGUGGGCGGGUGGUUGCUAAAGCUGGGUUCAGAAUAUUUGUGUUGCGACCGGAAGUGCCAUAUAACACAAUGAUAAACGCAAGAUUAGAGCAGAGUUCUAUUUUUGCGUUUGCCCAUUGCGUUAUACAGCACUUCCGUUCGCAACGCAAAUAUUCUGAACCCACUUAA